AUGUUGAUUAUUCAAUUACUCAUAUCACUUGCAAUUCUUCAUGUUUUUGAAAUUUUUAAAAUUAUUUCUUUGCCAAAAUUUACAUUUUCUAUAGUGAAACAAUGGCUUCCAAUAUCAUUUUUAUUUAUUAGCAUGAUCUAUACAAGUAGUAAAGCGCUUCAAUUUCUUUCAAUUCCAAUUUAUACUAUUUUUAAAAAUUUAACAAUUAUUUUAACUGCAUAUGGAGAAGUGUUUUUUAUGGGGGGUUCUGUAUCUAAAGUUACUUUGUUGUCAUUUUGUAUGAUGAUUUUAUCCUCUUUUAUGAUAGCAUGGGAAGAUCUGUAUUCUUUGUUAUCAAGGUUAUGGUUUCGUCAAUCUUUUCUACUCGAUCAUUCCUUUUUAUAUUAUGGAUACCUUUGGAUAAUCAUAAAUUGUAUAUGUAGCUCAGCAUAUGUUUUAGAAACUCGAAAAAAAAUUAAAUCCGGUCAUUUUACUGAUUUUGACUCAAUGUUUUACAGCAAUUUACUUGGCAUUCCAAUUUUAAUUAUUUGCACAUUGAUUAUGGACGAUUGGAGCAGUGAAAAUAUUGCACGUAAUAGAAUAAAUAUAAUUCCGAUCAUUGCAAUAUUAUUAUCCGGUAUUUUUUCUGCUGGAUUAGGUUAUACUUCUUUAUGGUGUAUCAGAGUAACAUCAUCGACAACUUAUAGUAUGAUAGGUGCCUUAAAUAAGUUACCUGUAUCUAUUACUGGUUUAAUUUUUUUUCAUACACCUGUGACCUUUUCAACAAUAAGUGCUAUUAUUCUCGGUUUUUUUUCCGGAUUUCUUUAUGUAAUUGAAAAAAGUCAUGAUAUUUAUCAAUACCCUUUUUUUUCUCGUACAACUUUCUCUUAUUUAACUAAACGUUUAUGUCGUUAUAAUAAUAAAAUAUCGCUAUAA